GCUCAGUCCUCACAGCUUCAUCAGAGACAAACUCAACACAUGGAAACAGAAGCUGAUGUAGAGGACUGUGGAGGACUAGAACCACCCAGGAACUCUCACCCACUUUUGCAACCAGAGUCUGGAGACCAGACUGGAGACUCUUCUGAACCUAAGACUCAUUACAGUGCUGAUUGGAAGGAGACCAGAGAACCUCAGUCAGCUUUAAACUCUCUGAAACAUGAUUCAAGAUGUAAGAAAACAUUCAGCUGCUCCGAGUGUGGGAAGAGAUUUGAUGUAAAGGGAAGUUUGAAGAUACACAUGAGAAUCCACACAGGGGAGAAACUAUUCUGCUGCUCUGAGUGUGGGAAAAGAUUUAGCAUGAGGGGAAGCCUCACAACACACAUGAUAAGCCACACAGGGGAGAAACCUUUCAGCUGCUCAGAUUGUGAUAAAAAAUUUGGCCUCAAGACAACUCUUAAAAAACACAUGUUAACUCAUACAGGAGAGAAACUGUUCAGCUGCUCUGAGUGUGGAAAAAGAUUUGGCUUAAGGGGAACCCUGAAGACACACAUGAGAACUCAUACAGGAGAAAAACCUUUCAGCUGUAUAGUUUGUAAGAAGUCUUUUUCAGAGAAUGGAUGUUUACAGAAACACAUGAGAAUCCACACUGGAGAAAAACCUUUUAGCUGCUCAGUUUGUAAGAAAGCAUUUACUGUGAGUAGCCAUUUAAAUCCACACAUGAGAAUCCACACUGGAGAAAAACCUUUCAGCUGCUCUGAGUGUGAGAAACGAUUUGGCCGGAAGGAAUAUCUAAAGAAACACAUGAGAAUUCACACAGGAGAAAAACCUUUCAGCUGCUCAGUUUGUGAUAAAGGAUUUGGCUUCAAGUCAAUUCUUAAAAAACACAUGUUAACGCAUACAUAGGAUAAACCUCAGCCCAGUCUGUAA